GAUGCCUUGCGAUUGCUAUGCGCAAACAUCGAUACUGCUACCGGCAACAAGUGCAACUUUAAAACAAAUUGGAAUAUGUACAAUUUGCGCUUGCUGCGUCAACUGAGAUAUAGUUCCGUUAUCUGCAACUCGACGCCUCCACUGCGGUUCUUGGCUAGUCAACACAAGCGCCGACCUCAACUAGGUGUCGUCAAGUCGAACCAGCUGGAACAGCUAAAGGCCAACUUCUUUGACAGUCGCAAUGAACUAAAUGAUGAUGAAUGGCAAAGCCUAAGACACACGCUGAUAGACAGCUAUAAGUAUAUAGAUGCCCACAAUGUGGAUGCCUAUAUAAUUGGACUGUGCGGCGGCGCGGAGCAGUUGCAGCUUGCUAAAAGUUAUGUAAAGUUUCUAAAAGAUCAGGGCAAGCAGCCCAAUGGAGCGACGCUGGGACGUCUUUUGCGUGUGUAUAGUGCUGCCCAUGGUACACGCACACUCAGCGACGCGGAGCAGUCAGAGAUUCUGAGCAUUUGUGAUACACUGCGUGGCGCGCAUGAUGUGCUAGAUGCCACAAGCUGCGAGCAUCUGAUCCACGGACUUGUAGCUACUAAACAGCACUGGCAACAGGCAGUGCCUCUGCUCGAAAUGAUGAAACUAACCAGCUCACCCACCAUAGCAGCCUACAGCGUGCUGGCAGCAAAGGCGUUCUGUGUAGGCGAUACAGAGCUAGCCUGGCGUCUGCUGGAAGAGAUGCUGACAUUGCGCAAGCUGCCCAAGUGUGAGGUUUACAUAAGCUUGUUGGACUACAUAGCUGAAAAUUCAUCAAAGCUAUGCACACAACUGGAAAGACUGCUGCGUUUUCUUGAACAUCACGAUAUACUCAUAAGCGCGAAGGUCGGAACGCGACUAUUAGCUUUGGCACAGCAGCAGCCGAAGCACCUGCAAGUAACCGCUACGCGACUGGAGCGAAUGGGUAGAUGUGCCAACUGUGAACAGCAUCUGGAGCGUGUGGCCAUCAGCGAUGCCCAGUUUGAGCAGCUGCGCGAUUCCUUCCUAGAAAAGGUGCUGGUGGGCCAGGAUGUGUUUCAGAAGUCUACGCCAGAGGAGGUGGCACGAUUCAAGCAGCAUGUGGAGCAGUCUGCGCCAUACGAUUGCGUUAUAGAUGGCCUCAAUGUGGCCUACUCAACGGGCGUAAAGAAGCCACCCGAGCAACUAGCCAAGUUGCUGGCCACAGUGGUUCGCUACUUCAAGGAGCGACGUAAACGUGUCUUGGUCUUGGGACGCCAGCACAUGCGAAAUUGGUCCAAGCAGGCCAUGCACUAUGUGCAUAGCAAUGCCAGCGUGUUCUUCACCAACAAUCUGUCCCAAGAUGACCCCUUCUUGUUGUAUGCCACAUUGCGUAGUGGCCAAGAGACUGACUUCUUUUCGCGGGAUCUAAUGCGCAGUCAUGCCUUUCUGCUGGGCAACGAACUAAAGCCCAUUUUUCGUCGCUGGCAGCAGGAGCAUCAAUACUCUCUGGUCACCCAAACCCAAACGGGUAAAAUAAUUGUCAAGGAGCCUAUAAGGUAUCGUUUAAGCGUGCACCAAGUGGGCAACGUGUGGCAUGUGCCCUGCUGCGAGAGCUACACGCCGCAAAUGCCCGAAAGCUUUGAGGUGCCACAACGCUGGCUGUGCCUCAAUAUAGUGAAAUAAUAAGACGCAUUU